CUGGUUUGAGUUUAUUACCAUACUCAGUUGCCCUGAUUCCGGAAAAGACAAUCCUGGUCGCGGACUGGUUACCUGAUGUGCACAAAAUCAUUCGCGAGGCGAUUGAGCUAGUGGCUUCGCUAGACAAAGAAAAAGACUGGGACUCUGAGAGGCGGGAGUGGAAGUUUCCCUUUCACAAAAUUUUUCCG